UCGUUUUUAGAUGACCCGACGCCAAUCGAACCCGACAUGGCCGACCAACACGCGUCUAGAGGUAGAGUCCGGGACUCUCACGACCUCUCGCUGUCCCCCCGCAACGUCACCCGGGAUUCGCUUGUGAAUAAUAUGCUCCUGUCCCUCGACCAGUUCUCAUUGGGACACACCACAUCCACAAGCGGCCUGUUUGGCGGCACGGCGCUGACAUACGACGACCCGCGACCCUGGGCCCACGACACCAACACCUUUUCCCGCGGCUUCCCACCAUCAAGAUCGAGACACCAGUACUCGUACAGCUCCGACUACGACGACGACUCAAACCGAACCUCGGUCCAGCUGCCCAGAGCACGGAGCCGGAGCCCGCCUCGACCAAGGAGCAACAGCAGCUCCAGCUUCCAGGCGCCCUAUCCCAGGGUCAACGGCCCGGGAGAUCCUACCCAGCGCACUCGACCCCGAGCCGGCACCAAGGACAGCACCAGCACGGCCAGCAUCGACGCAGGUUACCCUCAGAACAUCGCUGGCCCCCCUAGCUGGGCCCGUAGCGGCUUCAGGCGCUCGGCGAGCUUCGAUCUCGGGCCGUCGCAGUUGCAAACGCAGCUCAAUGCGCCGUUGAUGUCCCCGUUCCACCUCGACUUCCUGAGCAACUCUGCAUCUGACGACUACGGUUCCGCACCGACGCCCACGAUCCCUGGAGGGCCACGACGUGUAUCGUCCAACUUGGCUUUCCCUCGCCCGCCACCCGACCCAACUGAUUUCCCGAGUCUGGAACGUAACCGUAGCCCGACUCGUUCCGUCAAAAGCUCUUCGGGACGCACCAAACGACCGGUAAACCACCAAUUGGUAGCACCUGCCAUGGCCCUAAGCGACUUCGAUGCCGCUCCGGCACCUAGCGUCAGCUAUGGCAAAUCUAAAACGGAUCAGCUCGCUGCCUCCCAGUCUGCCGGGGGACUUUCACAGCCCAAAGAGAAGCCGGGUUUCUUCAGACGUGUUUUCGGCUCCAAGGCCACCACACCCGCCGUUGCGGAUACUCCGGCGCCUCGCUUCACCGGCCAAGUGAGCAACACAGCCGCCCCUGCCCCGAAAGACACCCCGCCGCCGCAGCAGCAGUCAACACCUGUACUACAGAAGAAGCCAUCGUCCUUCUUCCGUCGUCGGAAGAAGUCGGUUGUUGACGAGGCGCCGCCUUUGCCGGGUGAUGUGCCUCCGCUUCCUUCUCUUGAUCCUAACCUCCAUGCCGAUCUUGACCGGCCCCCAGCAAGUCCUGCUAGCAGCCUAAGGCAAAUCAUGAAUCCUUACCUGCGAGAGAGCAUGGCGCAUCCUCUUGGCGAUAUAACCAACAGGGCAGCUGCCAGAGGAGUCGAAGAUGACGAUGAUGACGACAGAGCAGAUUUCCAGCGAGAUUUCUCACCUGACUAUGAACCAAGUCCCAGUGCGAAGAUCAGGGCGGUCCAUUCUGAUUCUGACCAAGAUCAAUCGUCCUCUGAUGAUCGCAAACGCCCCCAGAACGGACUCGAGCACAGGAACAAUUCCUUCUUGGAUCUUGAUGGAGGAAGUGAUAAUGAAGACUCUCCUGUUCGGCAGCGGGCUGCGUAUUCAGCAGCUGAUAAAGAGAAUCUGGCUUCUCCUACCACAUACAAGAACAGGGACUCCACUGGUACCAUUCGUGCCAAGAAGUCGCCAUAUAUUGCAGAACAGGACAAGCCGAACGACGGACCUGUUCGCCCCAAGGUGACAAUACCAACUGAUCGCCGGUCGACAUCCUUUGCCUCGGCAUCGACCGAUGACGGAGACUAUAGAACCGCCCCUAGUGGACCACCUAGCGUCCGCAUCGAAAGAUCGAGCGAGUCAAGCGCCAGGGAAAUGGGAACACUUGAUCUCCUGAAGAGUCGAGGCUUGGACGAACCCGAAUUCGUCAUUGGCGAGCCUACCGAAGAUGAUCGCCAGAAGGCGCUAAAGAUAUUCGAUGGAGUUGAAGACUUCAUCCCCAAGGAGAAGGCUGCUUCUUGGAUGGGUGAAGAAGGCCCUAUUCGUCAGCGGACUUUGCAAGCAUAUAUCGAACUGUAUGACUUCACAGACCUGAGCAUUCUUAAUGCGCUGCGUAAAGUGUGUGGCCGUUUGAUAUUGCGCGGUGAGACACAGCAGGUCGAUCGUAUCUUGGUGGCCUUUUCCAAGCGAUGGUGCGAUUGCAAUCCGAAUCACGGCUUUAAAGCGACUGACGUCAUUCAUACCAUUUGUUACUCUAUUAUGCUUCUCAACACUGAUCUGCAUCUUGCCGACAUCGAGCAGAAGAUGACCCGUAGCCAAUUCGUGAAGAAUACUCUGACAACAAUUACCCAGGCCGUCGAGGAGUCUGUUCCUGAUGCUUUUGAGCGCCCCAGCAUUCUACCCGAGAAGGGCUCCGUGCUUCACGACGGAGCGCGACCAGCAGCUGAGCCGCAAGAGAGGAAAACUUUCCGGAACUCAUUCCGACCUCCGCCCCGCACCGAUACUCAGCUAGGGGAUGCUCACGAUGAUUGCGGACCACUUGUCAAGACGUCUUUCUAUGGCCCAAUGAAAGCUUGGGAGGAGCAAAUCGAGAUAGUUUUGAAGAGCAUCUAUAACUCGAUUCGAGACGACAAACUGCCCUUGUUUGGCGCGGAGCCAGAGAGGCAUCUCAACACUAUGCCAUCGCAGAGCAGUCUGUCCGUCAUGGGCAUGCUCAAGAGGAGUCCUAGUGUCCUGAGCAAAGCGCCAUCAGAAAGCCAAAUGUCGACGCGAGGCAGGGUUGCAGAUAACAGCCGCAACGGUGGCUCGCGAUGGGCCUCCAAGAGCCGAUCACGGCCUGGGCUCGGGCGCAAUGGAUUCAACUCUAGCCGAACUAGCUUCGACGACUCAAAUUCUCUCUGGAGUCCAGCCAUGUCAUCAGCAACCUGGAGCCGCUACUCACUGGGACGAACUCAAGGCUCCAUGUCUCAGGACUCGUUUGGCUCAGCAAUGCCCCGAGGUGAUUAUCAGCAAUCUAUUGGGUUUGCAAAUGCUCUCAGCCAGGCCAUUGUCCGAGACGAUGACGCACAUGCCAAUGAUGGCAUGUCCAUCAUGAGCGCCGAAGUACCUGCCGCUCAACUACUUGACGAUGAAUCCCUGGAACUAGCAGGGCCUCCGUGGAUAAAAGAAGGCAGAGUUAUGCACAAGCAUCACUUGGAUGGGGUUGGCAAGAGAGCAAAGGAUCGAAACUGGACCGAGGUCUUUGCCGUCAUCCAAAGGGGGCAGAUGAGUAUCUUUUCGUUCAAUGCACCCAAGUCGACGCGGCAAAAGAGCCGCACAAGGAAUGCUGAAAAGGUCAACGCUCCUGUUGGAGGUGGUAACUGGCAGGACAAUGCUGUAAACUUGGGCACGUUUAACUUGCGACUGACCCUCGCUUCGGCGCUCCCGUCUCCCGGCUACUCGCGGUCGAGGCCAUUUGUGUGGGCACUGAGCUUGCCCACGGGAGCCGUUCACUUGUUCCAAGUCGGAACUCCUGAGAUUAUCAAGGAAUUUGUGAAUACGGCCAACUACUGGAGCGCGCGGUUGAGCACGCAUCCGCUGAUCGGUGGCAUAAGCAACAUUGAAUACGGAUGGAGUGAUAGCGUUAUCAACAACUCACUUGUUAGUGCCAUUAAUGACAAUGCCUCUAUCAUGAGUGGUGGCCGGAACUCACGCCCGGGCAGCCGUGCCACACAUGGUCGUCAAAACAGCGUUCAGAGUGUCAACCUGCCUUCUUCUAGCCUUGAUCAUGGAUCUGGGGCCUUCACCAGCGGACGCGGAAAACUACCUGGGGAUCGCAUCACGAUUUCCGAGUGGGCACCGCCAACGCAGAGCAUGCGACCGAGCAACUUACCGGAGCCGGAGCAGCUAGAGACACUCUCGACAUAUGUCAAGAGCAUCGAGGAUGAUUUACAAAACCACAAUCAACUUCGCAGCCCCAUGCUCCUCGCCUUCACCCCUAGGGGUAGCAACGCGAAUAAGGCCAUGGCAAAUUGGGAACGCAAGAGCGCAUACUUACUUAGGGAGAUUGUCAAGUUUAGAACCUACGUGGAUACUCUGCAGCAAUCAGAGAGCAGGAGACGGGAGAUUUAUAAGGAAAGAGAUUUGGCUCGACGGGCGGCUAGAGGCGAGCUCAGCGACGGCGAUAUGGACGUCAGCGACGAAGAUGGGGAUGAGACACUGCGGCCUUGA